CCCAGACGCGAGCUAGCGUGGCUACGGGACGCUGAGGACCUGCUGCUCGCUGCCCACAUCCCGCAGCCUCGUCCCGCGCGCUCCACUCCGCUCCCCUCCGCCGAGCCGCAGGCCCUCCGCCCGUCGGGCGCCAUGCAUCCCGCGCGCCCUGCGCUCUGGGCGGCUGCGCUCACCGCACUCACUCUGCUCCGCGGGCCUCCGGGGGCGCGGGCCGGCGCGGGCGCGGUGGGCGCGGGCCCCGUGGUGCGCUGCGAACCAUGCGACGCGCGUGCGCUGGCCCAGUGCGCGCCUCCGCCCCCCGCGCCCGCGUGCACCGAGCUGGUGCGAGAACCGGGCUGCGGCUGCUGCUUGACUUGCGCGCUGAGCGAAGGCGAUGCGUGCGGCGUCUACACGGAGCGCUGCGGCACCGGUCUCCGCUGCCAGCCGCGGCCCGCAGAGCAGUACCCGCUGAAGGCGCUGCUCAAUGGCCGCGGGUUCUGCGCCAACGCCAGCGCCGCCGGCAGCCUGAGCGCCUACCUGCCCUCCCAACACGCUCCAGGAAACAUCAGUGAGUCUGAGGAGGACCACAGUGCUGGCAGUGUGGAAAGCCAGGCUGUCUCCAGCACACACCGUGUGACCGAUUCCAAGUUCCAUCCACUCCAUGCAAAGAUGGAUGUCAUCAAGAAAGGCCAUGCCAGGGACAGCCAGCGUUACAAAGUUGACUACGAGUCACAGAGCACAGACACCCAAAACUUCUCCUCUGAGUCUAAGCGGGAGACAGAAUACGGUCCCUGCCGCAGAGAAAUGGAAGACACACUAAAUCAUCUGAAGUUCCUCAACGUUUUGAGUCCCAGAGGUGUCCACAUCCCAAACUGUGACAAGAAGGGGUUCUAUAAGAAGAAGCAGUGCCGCCCAUCCAAAGGCAGAAAGCGGGGCUUCUGCUGGUGUGUGGACAAGUAUGGACAGCCCUUGCCUGGCUAUGACACCAAGGGGAAAGAUGACGUACACUGCCUCAGUGUGCAGAGCCAGUAGAUGCCACUGCGCCACUUGACGUGGAGCUCAAAUACGCCUUAUUUUGCACAAAAGACUGCCAACAUCAGCAGCAGCUGGCUACAGCCUUGACUUAUAUUUCCUUUUUUUGUGGUGAACUGAUUAAAAACAAAAGCAAAAAAAAGCCAAAGUUUAGACAGAUUUUCAAAAUGCUUCUGGUUGUUUAAGUAGUUAACUUGAUCAUCUUUCUACUCUCCAGUAGUCAACAAAAAGCAGUUUGAAUUUCCCUGUUGCUUCCUAUGAAAACACUCAUGUACUCCAGGCCACGGAUGCCCUCUCCCCCAACCCACCCACCCGAAGCGGUGCGGGACUCCAAUGCUGCUGGUCCUCUGCCUUCUUGACUUCAGGUUCUGUUGCUGAUAUGGAAAAAUCCUCUUUCCAUUCCCUGUAAAUGUGUGCAGGCACUGUGGAGAAUGGGGAAGCCCUAACCAAGUCUGGGCAUACUCCUGAGACUCAUGGCCCUUACGGUGUCAUCCCUGAAUCAAGGGCCUGGCCCUGCAAGUGACCUGGUCUACUUGGGAGUCGUGGGGAUAGGUCAAGUCUCUCUUAUUUAACAUGACCAAGAAUGUUCUAAGGCACUCUGGGAGCCCAUAAAAACAAGGACAAGGACCUUCCUUUGUCAGGAAGCUUCCUGAUGGCUUGGCCCCCCAGAUGGCCCCAGGUCAAGGGAGCAGUGAACAUCAGCCUCCAGGUUCAGAGAUGUCACAGAUAAUGGUACAGUUAGUUCUGCGGAUGAUUUAAAAAAAAAAAAACAGUGUUUUCUUGUCCAACAAGUUUAUUGUGGGGUGGGGGCAAGCUUUUUUUUUUUAAGGAAAAAAAACCAAAGGGUAUAUUUUCAUCUUCCCCUCCUUCCUGUCUAAGCAGGAAAGAGGAAGGACUUGUUGGGUAGCCUGGAAAGACCACCUAGAGAUCACCCAUUUGUUGAUCUUGGGGUGCUUCUCGACUUUCUUUAUAAUUCACGCAUAUAUGCAGACAAAAUACAUCCAUAGUUGUUAACAGUGUAGAUGACAUAGCCCAAGUAUAGUAGAAUCUGUACUAGAUAAUCCUAGGUGAAAUGUUAGAGACGUUAGGUGUUGUGACCACGGGCAUGCCCGAGGGUAGGAGCCGUGUCUGGAGGCUGGGCUGCUCCCCCAAGGCCAAGGCCAAGGAGGUCUGGCAACAGAGGGUGCGAGGAGACUUCACUGCAUCCCACGGGGUGGACAUGCGCUGUACAGAGCUUGUCUCGAGAGCACAAAGGAGUCUCGAGACAUUCUGCCUGCCUAUCAGCUUUUCUUUAUUUUUUUAAUUAAGUUUUUGGGGGAAAGUGUAUUUUUGAAAAGUUUGUCUUGCAAUGUAUUUAUAAAUAGUAAAUAAAGUUUUUUAUCAUUUAAAAAA